AUGUCCCUGUGUGCAUCUUCUCACAAGGACUUUUCUCAGUUGCUGCCACUUCAGGAUAUUGGAUGCAAUAAAACAGAAAUUAAAAACUCACCCGCUGGUAUCGUCUCUCCAGUCCCCUACAGCUGUAAUCAGUCCACACUGACAGCAGAGCACAGUCCAGUCUAUAUCCCCUCCUCCUACAUGGAGAACAGACAUGAAUAUUCUGCAAUGGCAUUUUGCAGUCCUGCUGUGAUGAAUUACAACAUUACCAGCAAUUUUGGUGAUUCGGAGAGUGUAUCUGUGAGGCAAACGUCAAGCCCCAGUGCGUUAUGGUCUGCUCCUGGCCACCUCUCCCCUCUGACACUGCACUGUCAGUCAUCACUUCUGUAUGCAGAGCAGCCAAAGAGUCCGUGGUGCGAGGCAAGACCGAUGGAGCCAGUGCUGCCUGUCACCAGAGAACCAUUAAAAAGAAAAACUAAUGGCAGUGACUGUACAAGCCCAAUUGCAAAUAAUCCUGGCUCAAAAAGGGAUGCCCACUUCUGUGCAGUCUGCAGUGACUAUGCUUCAGGAUACCACUAUGGGGUCUGGUCAUGUGAAGGCUGCAAAGCAUUCUUUAAAAGAAGUAUUCAAGGACACAAUGAGUACAUCUGCCCCGCCACCAAUCAGUGCACAAUAGAUAAGAACAGGCGCAAGAGCUGCCAGGCGUGCCGGCUGCGGAAGUGUUACGAAGUGGGCAUGAUGAAAUGUG